AUGAACUCUGCUUCUUCUGCUCAAAGCCCUGUCCGAACUGCUCCUCAGCGCUUCGACAGUCUGGCAAAUGCACCUCUUCGGAAGAAUAUUCGCCGUUCUUUGGGUUAGUUUUUUUUUAUAAAUUUCCUAGUGAUUUCUCUAAAGUCUACUCUCAGUAAAGUCGAAUCUUCAUCAACGCCUAAUGGCCCUUAGGAUUCCUUUUUUCUCUCUUUUUUCAAUAUUUUGUAGCAUUUUUUUUGAACGUGAAGAUUUCUUAAAUGUUUUCAGGAACAUAAAUAUAUAAAAAUUAUGUAUGUAGCGUGUAAAACAUAAGCUUUAAUUUAAAAUUGGUCAAAGCAAACAACUUUUUUUUUUCAUUCUGUAUUAUAGCAAACUAUAGAAAAAUUGAACAGUCAUUUCCUGCCAAUCUCUAUGCUCAUCUAGCUUAAACAGUUUAAUUUUAUGUGACCAAGUAAAGUUCCGUGAAAGAAUGGAUAUCGCCUUUGCCUAUAACUUGAAACCUGUCCAUUUUGCAGACACUACUACCAAGAUCGCCAAUCGCAGAAACCUCGACUUUUUUGCCCUGAGUCCUGUCCGACCUGCUUCUUCUUCUCAGGAGCUCGACAGCCUGGCAAAUGCGCCACUUCGGAUUGAGAUUCGCCGACCUUUGGGUUAGUUCGUUUAUCCCUCGCAGCCUUAUAAUUCCUUUCAACUUUCAAUUUAAAAAAUCCCAAACUUGCAGACAUCACAACCAGAACUCGCAGAAGUCUCGACUUCAACGCUCUGAGUCCAGUUCGACAUGCUCAAGCGUCAGACAACUUCAACAACUUGGCAGAUGCGCCUCUUCGCAAGAAGAACCGCCGUUCUUUGGGUUAGUGUCAUAAUUCUUAAGCUUUUUCAAAUUUUAUUUGAUUUGCAGAUACCACCACUAGAACUCGCAGAAGUCUCAACUUCAACGCUCUGAGCCCAGUUCGAGCUUCUCCGGCUUCUCAAGAGAUCGACAGUUUGGCAAAUGCGCCACUUCGGAAGAACAUUCGCCGUUCUUUGGGUUCGUUUUUCCACCCUGAAGCUUUUCCAAACUUCUUUUUCUUUGCAGACACUACUACCAGAACUCGCAGAAGUCUCGACUUUUUCGCUCUCAGUCCUGUCCGAGCCGCUCCAGUUCCCCAGAACUUCGAUAGCCUUGAAAAUGCACCACUUCGCAGAAACAUGCGUCGUUCUUUGGGUUAGUUUUUUGUCUAUUCUGGAGCUAUUUACAGUUGUUUUCAAUUUUGACGUCUUCAGUAUCUUACUGAUUUGCAGACACCACCACCAGAACUCGCAGAAGUCUCAACUUUUUGAUGGAACUUGCCCCUGCUCAGGAGGCGUCCGAAGCUCCAGCUGAGGUUCCGAAGACUCCGACUCGCAGCGAAAUGGCUCCAGAAGCCGUCCAACGUCUGACUUGGGCUCCAAUUCGCAAUAAUAACCGGACUCGUCGUUCUUUGGGUCAGUUUUCAACUUCUUCUGACUCAAACUGAUAAGGAUUGUUUUUCAGACUCUGCCCAGCCUCCAGUUCUUGUUUUUUCUCUGGAGAAUCCUUCUCGAGAUGCUUGA